AUGCAGCGAUCCGGCUACGGGCAAUCGCCCCCUUUACACCACCCUGUCCCGCAGCACGUCUCAACCGUUCCUCAGCUACGAUCGCCACCGCCGCCCACGUCGCAACCUCACUCCGGCUAUGAUGGAAGCCCUUACCAACAGCAAGGGCGGGCACCGUCAGGAAACAUGUUUGGCCAGUACGGCAACUUUAUAAACGACCCGGCAGCGCAGCUGGCCUCGCAGUUCGGACAGACAGCUUUCAAGCAGGGACAGGAAUACCUCGAGCAGAAUGUCAACCGCUUCGUCAGUGUCUCGGCACUCAAGCAUUACUUUAACGUCACCAACUCCUACGUAAUAAACAAGCUCUAUCUUGUCCUGUUUCCCUGGAGGCAUAAGCCCUGGUCCCGCAAGCAGACAGUAGGCCCGGGCGGCCAGGAAGGGUGGUACCUGCCUCCCAGGGACGACAUCAACAGCCCCGACAUGUACAUUCCGGUCAUGUCACUGGUCACCUACAUCUUUCUCCAAACUCUCAUCGCGGGUCUACGUGGCCAGUUCCAGCCGGAACUGUUCGGAUACAUUGCGACAACCGCGCUAGUGGUGGUUAUCGUUGAAAUCCUGGGUCUGAAGCUUGGAUGCUACCUCUUGAGCAUCUCCAACGAGUCGCAGCUCUUGGACCUCGUCGCUUACUCUGGGUACAAGUUUGUUGGCGUUAUUGUCACCAUCUCUAUUGCCGAGAUUGUGAAUGGCGGCAAGGGAACUGGUGGUGUGAUCGGCUGGACUGUCUUUGGUUACACUUUCUUUGCGAACGCUCUCUUCUUGAUGCGCUCCCUGAAAUACGUUCUUCUUCCCGAGAACAACAACAACGCCCAGGGUCCUAUGCAAACCAUGCCCACCGAGGGUAGGGCAAAGAGAUCGCAGAGGCUACAGUUCCUCUUCUUCUACGCCUACAUCGUGCAGCUCUUUUUCAUGUGGAUUCUGAGCCGGCCAUGA